AGAAAGUUGAGUUGUGCAGUUGAGGCAGGCCGUGUUCGGUUAUAAUUGUGGUAGCAGCCAUUGCCUAACGGUGCUGUUUCAGAAUUGGGCCGACGACGACAGCGACAACGCCAGCCAAUCGCAGCAACCAUCGAUAGCGGGGUGAAUUCAACAAUCGAUGUCAGAGCGGCCAUUUCGGCGAGUAUGGCGGUUACAGUGACGGCGGUGCUCUUCCGGAGCAAAGAGGUGACAAACUACGGUUUUAUUCUGAGGCAACUAGACUCCGGCGAGCAUGUGGUGUACAAAAUCGCCAAAAACACACCGGCGGAUAUGUGCUUCGAGAUCGAAGUAGGCGACCUCCUAUUGGAAAUCAAUUCCGUGGAUGUGCGCGGUUUAACGAUGAAAGAUGUUUUGAAACGCAUCCGAAUGGCCUCCGAUACCAUCACGAUGAUCCUUAAAAAAGAUGACAACAUUAAACAACAUGUGUAUAGUAUGAUCCGGGAGAACUCCCCCGAUCGCGAGCUACCGACACAAAAGAGGCAGCCGCCGGAAGAGGUUGAAGUGGAGCUGUUCAACAAGGACGAUAAAAGGGAAACGUGGGGCUUUGCGGUACAGUGGACUAGUCUAUUGGAGCACGUCGUAACAUCAGUGUCGACACCGGCCAGAGGAAAGGUGGAAGUUGGUGACGUCUUAGUAACCGUUAACGGCGUUGAUGUCCAGAAGAUGUCCUUCCAUAAUGUUGUUAAGCUCCUAGCACGUGUUCCUUUUCCGAUCCAGCUGAAAUUAAAACGAGACCCGUGGAUUAAGAACUAUGUGCGGGAACAGUUCGCAUACCUUUACAACAAUCACGACGAUCAGAAUGAGUCGGGCAAGGUCAAGCAGUUGAAAACGGGCGCUCUUGGAUCGCCCGGUCACCAGCAGAAAACUGUUUCCACCUCGCAGCUAGCACAGCCAAAAAACUCGAACCAGCCUCCGUUCAGUCCACCCAGUCCCAAAGGAUACACGAAUCGCGAAUGUCAAUCGGAAUCAGGUGUUCGAAAGUCGCGCAUUCCGGUGCAAAUCAACCAGAGCAACUCGUGGAGUGCCCCCCAGUCACCGUCGCGGGCCCGCAAGGCGCCGCGCACCUCACAGAUACCGAUGGCAAAGACUGAUGUGAAAAUAUCGCGCUACGUAAUCACCGGGAAGUCACAGUUUCUGCAGACACGUGAGGAGCAGCGCUUGGUUAAGGAGCCUGCCAGCGAAGACAGUCUGCGGAAACCUUCGCUGGUCCAAUACAACACGCUCUCUUCCUCUACCAGCAACUCGCAAGACAUCAGCAGCAGUUACCUGCCCGAUGACAAUGCCAACGCGAGCGCCCAGUCGCCGGAUGUCGCACCGCGCGUGCCAAAGCUCAACAACGAGCAAAAUUCGACCUACGAUAAGGCAAGUGGGUGCGGAUUUCCCGACAAAUCGAACGCCGUGCCAUUCCAUGCAGUGCCGGAGGAGCAGCGGGAGGCCCAAAGCACGGCCGGUGCCAAUAAUGACGCAGCAAGCGCGAAAAACCAAAUUAAAGACAACUGUGAUAGCGCGCAGCAGGAGCCGAUAUUGGCCGGCUCCCGCAAGGAAGAUCCAACUGACCAGAGCUACUCAGUGCCAACCUCACCGACCGCUUACACGGCUGCUGCCGGCGACGGUGGUGGGUUGAAUGAUGAACGAUCCGGCAUCAUCUCGCUGCCGACGAGCCCGGAUGGCGUCGAGGGAGGCGAUCAUCACCCGCACUCCGGCCAAUUCCACUACGGCAACACCGGCCGAGGGGCGCCAUCCAGCGGCACUACGCUGGAAGAUUCGUCGGCCAACGCGGGCAUGGGCAGCAAUGCCAGCAGCGGUGAACUAACGGCCAACACUAACAUGAGCUCUGGGUCGCUGGGCGGUGGUCCGCCCGUGCGGAAGUGCGACGCGGCCGGCUUUCGUACCAGCCGCUCGGAGGAUCAUCUGCAGCAGAGCCACCGUGACGGUAGUAAUAGUGCGAGCGUGGCGAUUGACAUCGAUGAAGAUGUGUAUAGCUCGUUGAAUACGCUGCUUGAUACUCGUAACGACUCACAGGAGCAACCGAUGUCCGAGCGAGAACGAUUUCUGUGGACUUACAACAUGCCGCCGGCGCAAAAGACGCACGCCACUGCCGGGCAUGCAUCGGGCGGUGGGGUCGGACCCAACCAGUUGUCCCUGUCGAGCUCGGUCAGCUCGUCGCCGCAGCGCUCCGCUAGCGAAAGUCCCGCCUCUCCAACAUCCGUGUCCAGCUCGGUGAUGUCCUCGUCGGGCGGAUCGCGCGAACAUUCCCAUGUAGGGCACAUCGGCGGGAGCAAGGUUGGAAGCAGCGCGACGGUUACCAACGGAAGCAACAAUGCGGACGCCGGGGCCGUUGCGAACGUAAACCAUCAACAGCAUUGUCACCAUCAGCUGCAGCAGCAGCAGCAUAAUCCGGGCCAUGGUGGGACUCCACACCCGUAUUCGGUUGGAGCCGGUGGCGGUGGUGCGCUGCAGAGUGCGUCCGGCGGGGACCACAGCGUAUCGGAGGCAGUGUCGAACCUGUCCAGCCCGGACUACCAGGACGAGCACGAUUUGUUCAGCUCGAAGGAUCUGAUGGCGAUGGCAAUAAGUGACCACAGCGACUCCGACUCGACGAUUCUCGUAUCCGAGUCGACACACCGCUUCGACCUGCCCCUCGCGGGGGCUGGGGAGCCUGAGUCAGAGCACAAGCUUGUCAUCGAAGUGAAGGCGGACGAGUCGCGGACGGACGGCCAGCAGGAGAUGGACGACGUGGCAGCAGAGCUGCAACAACAGCAGCAGCAGCAAUCGCAGCACCCGCAGCAGCAGCAACACCCUCCGCAAAACCAGGUGUCGCGCGAUUCCUCCCCGCCCAUUUCGGACGAUGGCAGCGAUGUCGAAUCACUGCACUCAUUUCACUAUUCGCCGAAAGCAAUUGACCGUCCGUCGGUCGAACGCCUCGCUAGGCGUUUGUUCUACCUGGAAGGUUUCAGUAAAAAAGACAUCUGCCGUCACCUUAGCAAAAACAACGAGUUCAGCCGAGUACUGGGUGAUGAGUACUUGAAGUACUACAACUUCACCAAUACGACGCUGGACGUUGCACUGCGGGCUUUUGUGAAGGAGGUUCCACUGUUCGGAGAAACUCAAGAGCGCGAGCGGGUUAUGUACCAUUUUUCCAAGCGUUACCUGGAUAACAACCCGGGUGUCUUCAAAUCUGUAGGGGCGACACAUUACCUAGUCAGCGCCUUGCUUAUUUUGAAUAGUGACACUCACGGCGAGGUCCAAUUUCAUCGCACGUUCUCCGCGUUCAGCGAGCGUCUGAAGGAAGGUAAUGAUGGGGAAAAUUUUCCGAAAGACUUGUUGAAGCAUCUCUACAGCUCGAUCAAAGAUCACCGCCUAGAACCGGCUAUUGAUGACGAUAGUAAGCGUUCGUCCGACAAUAGCGGCGAGUGUUACGAUGGAAGCAACGCUGGCGAACAUGGUGGUAGCCUGCAGGGGCCACCCGUGGGCCCCAAUCCGUUCCUUGAAGCGCCUCGGACUAUCGCGGCCGUCGAGUUCAAGAAGGGUUACGUAGUGCGCAAGAGCUGCUACGAAACAAACCACAAGAGAAGUAUUUGUAACAACGCGCAACCUUCUUUAGCUCCCUUCGGACGACGCUCGUGGAAGAUGUUUUACUGCACGUUGCGCGAUCUCGUUCUGUACCUGCACAACGACGAGCAUGGGUACAAGCGGAACCAGAUAUCCGACAACGUUUACAACGGCAUACGCAUCCAUCAUGCGCUCGCCACCCGCGCCACUGACUACAGCAAGCGGAACCAUGUCUUCCGGCUGCAGACCGCCGACCAGAGCGAGUUCCUGUUCCAAACGAGCGACUCGAAGGAGCUGCAGUCCUGGAUCGAUACAAUCAACUUCGUCUGCGCAGCGUUCUCCUCUCCGCCACUCGAAGGUGCCGUCGGCAGCCAGAAACGCUUCCAGCGCCCGCUGCUGCCUUGCAGCUCGACCAAACUCUCGAUGCGCGAGCAACUGGCAUCCCAUGAGUUGCAGUAUGACAAACUGUGUCGUAUGCUUGAGGAGCACAAGGAGAGUGGACCACCGUCGAAAGGUCUAGCGUUGCAAAAUUACAGGGAAAAAGACUACUACUUGCAGUACGAGCUGAAGCGCUACAAAACGUACUGCCAGCUGUUGCUUUCGCGGCUCACUUUGGAACCGCUGGAGUUUGGCAACCAGCAUACGGUCAGCGCGGCCGCUCUCAAUGAGACCAGUCAGGACGACGAAAACGGCGAAGACGACGGCCAUGACGACGAGCACGACGACGAGCUGCUGAGCGAACCGAUCCGCAACGCGGGCGGCCUGCUGGCGCACCACCGCUUCCAGGCGACGCAGUCGAUGGGUGCGAUGAAGCGGUCCACCAUGAAAUAAAAGUGGUGCUGGUGGUGCUGGUGGUGCGGAUAGAGUUGGCAACCUUCCGGCAAUACUCCCUCCAAUGGCACCCCCACCCCACCUCUGUUCCUUCGAUGUGUGCCGUGCGAAACUUGACUCGUGGACGUACGGUGAACGUAGUAUUUUCAUUGUAGUAUUGGGGUUUUUCUUUCGUGUACGCACGAUGUUUCUUUCCCCCAAAUUGUUUUUGUUUUUUCCCUUCUUGGUAUUUAUAAUCCUCCGCCUGCACCAUGGGUCGUUUCUGUUUUGAGGUAGGCGGUAACAUUUGACACACUAGUAUGAAGCUGCUGAACUUAGCUUGUCAAUUGCACAUUUUAUAUCUUUACUUCAGAUUCUAAACCACGACGCGCUAACGUCGCAUCAAUAGGAUAGAUCAUUAGAAUAACAAGCGGUCAGAGAAGUUCGCUUGAUUGCUUCCUUUUGUCUUUAAUCCGCGAUAAUUUAACCAAGUGUUACAGGGAAGCAAGAUAUAUGGAAUUGUAUCUUACAUUACUUUACUCCUCUUAUGAUUCAUUAUAUAUAAAUUGUUGUUCGCACCCA